AUGGAUUCUCGCGCUUCUACGAGUUUCAGACGGCCCUCAGCGGUCACCUCGCGAUUGCGGAGUUUGACGCUCGCAAAUGCGACUGGGACAGACUCGGACAGGAGGUUCUCCAUUAGGCAGCGGUUGCGCGGGCCACGCACAAAUAAAAAUGUUUUGAGUAGUAACGCUGUGUAUGCCGACGACUGUGGUCUCAUGGUGUCGCUUAUGCAAAAAGCAUGCCCCACGUUCCCAGAGCGGGCAGGGUGUCACAACAGUGGCGAGAAGUGCGAACAAAAUGAGACUGAAUCACAACUCUACCUAAAGGCCUUGUUGCGCGGGCUUGACGAGGCGUUAAAAAGGCGCAAAACAAAUGCGAAAAGCCAGUCUGUUUCAAAAGAGAGUGCCACAUUGAGGGUGCAGUCUGGGGGCACACCCAGGGCGUCUCCGGUGGCGGCGGAAAAGGGUGCCCUGGAGGUGUGGAUGGAGGCGCAGCGUGGGAAGCACCGCAUCACCCGCAGUGCAGAGGCGUUUAGUAAAAAUCGGUCGCUGGUAAUUGCCAUCAACAAGGGGCGCUUUCCCAGCGAUGCGAGUGCCCCAAUAUCGGAGGCGGUUAGAAAAUGGGAAAACGAGGAUCACCACCAAAGCCACCCCAUUCGCCAUAACCAUGAUCAGCAACAGGAACCGCGGCAAAUAAUAGAGGUUACUGAUGACGGUGAAGUGGAUGAAAAAAAUUGUCAGGGAGCAUCCACGUCGUCACCCAAAGGCUUUAAUGAGUUUCCGACCCUCUUGGAGAGGUUAAAGCGUGAGCCUGUGCAGAGUUGGAGAUUGAUUCAUAAUCUUACAGAGGAACCAGAGCCACCCGUUAGGGAGCGACGACACCGUGCGACUUGCAGAACUGUGGACUCUAUGUUUGUAGAAAGGUUGCGACAUAAAUUUGACUAUGUAAGUUACAAGGAACAGUUUAAUCUGGAUAACGCUUUGGCCGCGAGGGAUGUUUGCCGCUAUAUGGUGAUGCGGCAUGAGGCAUCCACCAACGGCCAACCUCCGCUACGCGCACUGGCUGGUGUGUUUAAACGAGAUUCUAUGCGUUUUACCACGAGGGGUAAGGAAGCACCGCUUGCUUCCAACGAAGAUUUUCUUCGGAGAUGUGUAUGGAUGAAAAGAGCAGGCGAGAUUGCGCUUGAAGAAGAGCGGCAGCGUAUCAUUGAUGGAAUUCAGGCCUUUGAGCUCCGCGUGCAGGCGGCUUCUCUCUCCAAGGAGGCUGUGGACAAGCUGAAAAAGGAUCUUGUCAAAGUACUGAAACAGUGGCCGUGCAGUUACCGGAAGCACCACGUUUUUACAAGGGCUGACUUUGUGGAGUGGGUGAGGAAGCGCAACAAACUGCAGCGGAUGGCAGGCAAUGACCAAGUGCAGUGGCAGAGUCUGGCAGAGUCCAUGGCUUCCCGUGCAGAGGCUUCAUUCAUUGAACAUGUUUUGGCCCUUUUGCCGCAAGACAAAGGCGUUCAUGCCACUCGAAGGCCCGCAACCGUGCAGUAG